GUUCCAAACUAUUUGGAAGGGAGUGACACGGGAGGGUGCAUUUGGGUAUAUAUAGCACCGUUUGUGCAACUUUCCUGACAAUCUCCCUGGACGAGGAAGAGAAGGGAGCAUCACGAAGUGCGGAGGAAGACUGGCUGUUUACCGAAGCUAUGGCCAUGGCUCUCAAUGUACUUUUCUUUGUAUUGAUCACAUCAGUGAUUAUACAAACCGCGACAUCGAGCACCUUCAAAUCGAUUUACUUGGUGACGGUCAGCUCGGAGGUGGUAGGAGGGACCACAGAGAAACUUUGUGCUCAGGUCCACCAAGCCACAGAGCCUCUGUUGUUGAAUGUGUCGCUGGAAAUGGAGGGUGGCAGCGGUACCGUUCUACUGGAGGAAGACGUAACACAGGACUUCUAUCGCUGCAUCUCCUUCCAGGUACCCCCAGUGAAGGCUGACAGUGUGGCCACUGUUCUUGUCAGCAUCAAGGGGAGAAAGGAUGAGAUGAGUAAAAAGACCAAGAUCCUUAUCAAGCCUAAAAGAUUCCUCACCAUUUUCCAGACCGACAAACCAGUCUAUAAACCUGGACAGACAGUCAAGUUCCGAAUCGUCUCGCUGGAUGCCAGUUUCUUGUCAUUCAAUCAGAUGUAUCUAACAGUGGAGCUUCAGGACCCAAACUCCAACCGCAUUGCUCAGUGGUUGAACCAGUCAACAGUGAGUGGAAUUCUGGACCUGUCCCACCCCAUGUCCGCAGAGGCAACGCAAGGAAGUUACAUCAUCACUGCAUGGAAUGAGAAGGGAGAGCAAACUUCCCAAACCUUUGACAUCAAAGAAUAUGUUUUACCCAAAUACGAGGUCAAAGUCUAUCUACCCCAAACAAUCACUAUUCUGGACAAGCAAGCAACACUGAGAGUUUGUGGAAAAUACACUUAUGGAAAACCAGUGGUGGGGUCUGUCACUGCGAAAGUUUGCAGAAUUGCCAUUCAAUAUUACUGGUUAUUUGAUUCCAGUAAUAUCUGCGAGGUGUAUCUCAUCAAAACUGACAAAACUGGUUGUGCAACCCAAAUGAUCGACUUGACCCGGUUCCGUCUACGUGAAUCUUUUGGGGACUUCGAAGUGGAGACUGAGCUGGAAGAAUAUGGAACUGGGGUCAUCCUUAAAGGUAGUGGCAAGGCAAGCUUCACCAAUGUCAUCGUAACUGUUCGUUUUGAGGACGUGCCCCAAGCAUAUAAACCAGGAAUUGCAUACGAGGGGAAGAUCAAGGUGACCGGUCCCGACUCUAGUCCCGUUCCCUAUGAGCCUGUGUAUCUCUUCCUACAAAACGGUGGCAAAUCUGAGAACUGGACUCUCACCACAGACAGCAAGGGCAUUGCUUCCUUCUCUCUAGACACUUCUCUAUGGAGUUCUGAUUCUGUCUCUCUGUCGGCUCGUUAUCAAAAGGUUGAGGAGGAUUAUCCGUACGAGCAGGGUGUGCGUAGACCAGAAUAUUCAUCCGAUUACCACUUCACAAGAAAAUUCUAUUCUAAGAGCAAGAGCUUUGUGAAGAUAAUGCAGGGCGAAGGGAAGUUCUCCUGUGAGAAGGACGGUAUUGUUCUUGCUCACUACAUCAUCCAAGGGGUGGAGCUGAAAAAGGGACAGACGACCCUGGACUUUUUCUAUCUGGUUAUAUCUAGAGGCAGCAUUCGGCAGCACGGCCGUCUUCCUGUGACCAUUAAAGAAAAAGUUAACCAAGGGCAGCUGAUGCCUCUCGCUGCAGCGGAUGCCUGAGCUGACCCCUUUGCC